UAUACUAUCAGUACCUGCUAUCAGUGGCUAUCGCUAGCUCUUAGUUUAAAUCGUUCGUCGAAAUAUGUCGUGAUCGGCAUACCUAUGCCCGAUGUGAUGUCGGUUUCCUCUCUUACCAUCUCCAUUUUGGCGACCAUCUUCAGCGCAUCAGUAGUGCCCUGCAUGGAGUUCAACAACAGCGUCCUGAUGCAGAAGCCCUGGAAGACUAGCGGCUGCCAGCAGAUGCCAAGGCAGUGCAUGAAUGCCACUCAAGAAAAUGAUUGUUAUUUGUGCGGAGAUGACGGACAGUGCACUGUCAGAGUAGCUGUCAUUAUACCGGAGUCCGAUGAGUAUAUUGUCAAUCAAAAAAGGGCAAGCGUUAUUUUGAAAGAGGCAGAAGAAGCAAGUAGAUCUGAAAAAAUCCUAUCUGAAAGCAUAACGUUCAUCUAUAAUUACUACGAUGAUGGUUGUAACCAGGAGAAAACAUCUGGUAGCGUUAUACGCGCCAUACAAAAUAACAGCUGUAUCCAUGUCAUUUUUGGAACUAUGUGCGACUAUGCGUUAGCAACAUUGGGAAGAUCAGCCAAAUACGUCAUGGCACCCCUGAUUACACCAGGCGGAUUUAGCCACGAUUUUACGUCAAAUAAAACAGAUUAUACACAUGAGAUGUACUCAGUAAUAAAUUCUGGACAAGCAGAUAUGAGGUCCUAUGCAGAGUUCUUGCAUAUGAUCUUUAAUGGUUAUAAACUGAAAAAAGUAGUACUUAUGUACGAAAAGCAAGCCCAAAUGGAAGUAGCAGGCGAAGAUGCAUGUUAUUUAUUUAUGAGAAACCUGAUGACCGAAUUGCAAAAUUUGAAUUUGGAUUAUGUAGACGGAGACGUUGGGGUCUUAGGAGGUGAUUACACGAACUUCUUCAAGACUAAGGUUGGAGUUGAUUAUGGAAUCAUUUUAAUGUGUGCCAGCUGUCUAAACGUCAGAAAGAUGAUUAUAGAAGCCACAAAGUUGAAUAUGAUGGAUAGAGGGGAAUACACAUUUUUUAGUGUUGAAUUAUACAACUGUGCACCUAUGCCAUCUAGACCAUGGUACGUUGAAAGCGAUAGAGAAAAUAAUAUUUUAGCAAGAAAAGGGUAUGAACAUGUAUACACUAUCUUGCCUUAUCCAGAAACCAAGUUUGACGAUGUUUCUAAUCAGACCACAAGAGGGUCUCUAUACUUAGAAGGACUAUACGAUGGGAUGCUUAUGUAUAUUCAAGCUUUGACUAAUGCUUUAGAAAAAGACCAAGCUGGAAACUACAAGAGACAGAUGAUAGCAGGUUGUGAGAUGGUGUAUGCGAUGACAGGAAAAAAGUUCAAAGGUAAACGUGACGAUAUACUGAUGAACUGCAAUGCCCAAAGGACCGGGUGUACUUACGCCAUGUUACACGUCAACUCGAAUGGUGAAUAUGAGAUUGUCGCACUUUACAAUACGCUCAACAAGACAAUCACUUAUUGGAAUGUGACCUGGCCUAGUGGAGAUCCUAGGGACACGCCCAAAUGCGGAUACGACUUAUCGAAGUGUCCCACGUACGAUGUUGUGAAGAUACUUGCCAUGUGUCUAAUAUCAGUUAUAAUUAUUGGGCUCACAAUAGUGUUGUUGAUACUAUAUAGACAAAUAAAGUUGAAAGCCGAGAUCGAAGCAAAAGCAUGGAAAGUUCAUUACGACGAGAUCACUUUUGUGUCAACCAGAAGACGGGCUAGUUCGGCAUCAGUAAAGACAGAAAUGGAUGGUGACAGUAUUAUUGGUGGAACCCAGUUAUAUGCGACUGUUGGCUUCUACAAGUCUAUCAGGGUGGCGGUGAAAGAACUACCAGACGUGGACAAGAUUGAAUUCUCGCAUGAGCAGUUGGUAGAACUCAAGAUCAUGAAAGAUUUGUCACACGACAACUUAGUAAAAUUUUAUGGCUUAUGUCUAGAUAGUCCUAACAAUGCAUGCAUUCUGGCAGAAUAUUGUCCAAAAGGUAGCCUACAAGAUGUCCUAGAGAAAGAGCAAGUACCACUGGAUUGGAGCUUUGAUAUGCUCUUGAUAAUGGACUUGUUAAAAGGAAUGCUCUAUUUACAUCGAAGCCCAAUAAAAUCACACGGUGCAUUGAAAUCAACAAAUUGUUUGGUGGACAGCAGAUUUGUACUGAAAAUUGCAGAUUUUGGUCUCCAUUUUUUGCGAGUUGGGGGCUUGGAUGAACACUCGCAUGCUUUUUGGGAACGUAAGCAUUUUUAACAUUGAUAACAGUUUUCCAUUAUUCUUAUUGGAACCGCCAGGACCGAUACAUUCUUUUAUAGAUCCUCUUUAGGGUAGUAAGAGAGAUAGAGCUAGCGCGCGAUCUGCGCAUGCGUGCUUCGGACUCACUCUUUGUUGGUUCAGGUACUCGGCACAGCACAACAAAAGCAGAUACUUUUUCAAGGCAGUGAUUCUCACCUUGUUCAUUGCGAAUGUUGGCAUUAAUCCUGAGCUGGGCCUCGACCGUCCACAAGAUGCAAGGUUGUACAACUUAUUUUACAACUACCUUGAAAUGGAGAGAAAAGUCGCAGCCUACAAUUGUGAUUAGUAUUGAGAAAAAUGCAUUUUCAGGUCAACUUUGGACUGCCCCAGAACUUUUGCGACUGGAUCACAAACCUCCACAAGGAACCCAGAAAGGUGAUGUUUAUUCGUUUGGCAUAAUAAUGCAUGAAAUUAUAGUAAGAGAAGGAGUAUUCUACCUAGAUGAUCACAUGGAUGCUAGAGUCAAAUGCGAACAAGUGAAGAAAGGUCCGGAUGAUAACCGACGCGUUCUUCGUCCAUUCAUACCAACUAGUAAGGCGUAUGACCCAGAUGAUAAAACCGAAGUUUUACAACUGAUGAAAAAAUGUUGGUCAGAAGAUCCUGAUCUACGUCCUGAUUUCGCAGCGAUCAAAAACCAGCUAAAUAAAAAAUAUGGGGGAUGUUUGAUGGACAACCUUCUAGAUCGGAUGGAACAAUACGCCAACACCUUAGAAAAAAAGGUAGACGAGCGUACUCAGGCUUACUUAGAAGAAAAAAGAAAGUGCGAAGAUUUGUUAUAUCAGCUGCUACCGAAGAGUGUCGCUCAACAACUGAUAAAAGGUGAAUCAGUGAGCGCUGAAUCGUUCGAUUCAGUCACGAUAUAUUUCAGCGAUAUCGUCGGAUUCACGGCACUUUCUGCUGAAAGCACCCCGCUGCAAGUUGUCAACUUGCUCAACGAUCUCUACACGACUUUCGACAAGAUUAUCGAACAAUACGAUGUUUAUAAGGUAGAAACAAUCGGAGAUGCCUACAUGGUAGCAUCAGGUCUUCCUAAACGAAACGGAUAUCACCAUGCAGCAGAAAUCGCUCGAAUGGCACUGGCACUUUUAGAAGAAGUCAAAGAAUUCCAUAUUCCUCAUAGACCCAACGAACCUUUGCAGCUGAGAAUCGGUAUACAUACAGGGCCAGUGGUAGCGGGAGUUGUUGGUCUCAAAAUGCCUCGGUAUUGCCUUUUUGGGGAUACCGUAAAUACCGCUUCUCGAAUGGAGUCUAAUGGCCUUCCCCUGAAAAUCCAUGUUAGUCCUGCCACAAAAACCGUCUUAGAAACUUUUGGUUCAUUUGAUCUUGAGUACCGUGGUGAGGUAGAAAUGAAAGGUAAGGGAAAGAUGCAGACAUACUGGCUGAUAAAAGAAAACGGUGUGGAGCGGCGAAUGGAGGUUUACAAACGUAUCAACGAACUGAAAGCCUUGUAUAGAAUACCUUCCAGGAUAAGAACACGAAGUCGAGGGUCUAGAGACAGGGUGGUCAUCGAUCUGUCAACGAGUGACAUCAGCGAUUGUGAAGAAAGUGCUGCCAUUCCAUUAUUGCAUGUUACAUCUUGACGAUGUCCUCAGUGAUAUUGGACAAAUAAUCAAAUUAAUCGAACAUCAUCGUAUCGAUCUCUAUGAUUGUAUAACACAGUUUAUGGUUACUAUAUGUUUGCAAUAAGAGCUUAUGAAAAAUGAUGUCACUAGAUGUUUUUUUAUUCGAUUUACUAUUCUUCAUUUUUACUGUAACAGCUAAUGGUGAUUUUUCUAAUAUAAAUAAACUAACACUACAGGCCUAGUAGUCCCAUGGCUUGAUUAAAAA